AUGGCUUCCGCGUCGCGAGGCCGGCUGUUAGAGCUUGCAAAGCUCCAAUGCUCGAUUUUCUCCACCACCUUCAACCCAAACCAACAACGACUCGGUAACAAAAUCUUGCGCCAAAGACUACGAGGCCCUACGCUCGCCGCAUACUACCCGAGAAGGUCGGCAACGGUGGAGGAUAUGCUUGAUGAAUUCAAGAAAUUCGGUCUAGAUGGGUUCAAUGAGGACGAAGAGACCCGAUUUGAAAGCAUCCAGAUCGCCAAACUGAGAGGCAAGGGUGCUCCUAAGAAGAAGAGGACCCCAUCAGACAAAAAGAAGGGCAAAAAAUAG